UGCGAAGGGAGGCAGGGGGAGAAGUUUCCUCUUCAACCCAAAUCGGGCUGAAGCCUCCUCAUCCAACAGCAAACAAUGACGCCAUACCAGUGGGGGGAAGACUCAGCUCCUUUCUAAGAUCUUGGGAGCACGUAACAAACAGCCGGUGGAUUUUAAGUAUUAUACAAGAGGGUUAUCUGAUAGAUCUUCUCUCUUCCCCUCCCUCUUCUGCCCCAAGGGUUUUUACCAAAAUAAUGGCGGAAGCCUUGACAACCUUGAGAGAAAAGGCAAUUUGUGUGAUCCCCUAUCUGGACGACCUACUGGUAGUGGCAGACAACAUAGAGACCAUGGGAAUCCAUCUCGGGUUAGUCCUGGAUCAUCUACAGAGCCUAGGUUGGCUCAUCAAUUGGAAAAAAUCGGAUUUAAUCCCAUCCAAACGGAAGGUUUUUCUGGGCAUUACUCUAGACACAGUCUCCCAAAGAUCCUUUCUACCGCCUCAAAAGAUAGUAAAACUUCAGACAGCUUUGAGGAAGUUCAAGAAGGAGAAAUUCUGUUCAAUAAGACAGGCCAUGAAGGUACUAGGGAGUCUGUCCGCUUGCAUUCCAGCAGUUGCCUGGGCACAGUUCCAUCUAAGACCACUCCAGAAGUUCAUCUUAGACAAAUGGAACAGAUCGCAAUUAACCCUAGAGAGGAUAAUAUUCUUAGAUACAGAGACCAAAAAAUCACUAACUUGGUGGCUCAGCAAAUCGAACCUAGAAAACGGGAUUUUCUGGGCACAAGAUCUCCCUCUAGUCAUCACAACAGAUGCCAGCCUCCACGGGUGGGGAGCGGUCGUCCAGGGGAACUCCUACCAGGGAACAUGGGGGAAUUACGUGAGUCAGCAAUCCUCAAAUUUCAAGGAGCUGAGGGCAGUGUGGGAAGCACUGAAACACACGAGUCAGCUGGCAGAGGGUCGUCACGUCCUAGUCUACUCGGACAACGCUACAGCCGUGGCCUUUAUCCAACACCAGGGAGGCACAAGGCAUCGCCUGCUACAGAACCUGGCAAACAAAAUUUUUUCCUGGGCAGAAGGCAACAUUCAAUCUCUUUCAGCGGUUCAUCUGAAGGGAGUCUUAAACAUUCAGGCCGAUUACCUAAGCCGGCACAGACUAGACCCAGGGGAAUGGAUGUUAGCUCCAGAAGCCUUCCACUUAAUCACAAAAAAAUGGGGCAGGCCGACGAUAGACCUGUUUGCAUCCAGGAGAAAUCAUCAGCUAAACCAGUUCUUCUCCCUCAACCCCAGGGAUCAUCCUCGGGCAGUAGACGCCUUCAACCAGAGUUGGACAACAAACUUAGUCUACGCCUUCGCCCCAUUUCCGCUUAUCCCCAGAGUGUUACAGAAGUUCCUAAAAGAAAAUUGUCCUAACAAAGGGAAGAAAGCGGCAAAAAGUUCCAUCUCCAGAUGGAUUAAGAUGGCAAUCUCCGAAGCAUAUAAAGCUCAGGGAAAAGACGUCCCUGCUUCCCUAAAAGCACAUUCUACGAGAGGCAUGGCUGCCUCCUGGGCGGAAAAAGCCUCAGCCUCCUUACAACAGAUUUGCAGGGCAGCAACAUGGAAAAGAGUCCAUACUUUCACUAAGCACUACAGACUAGAUGUAGCUGCUAAUGAUGACCUAAGAUUUGGACGUAAGGUCCUGUCGGCAGUCGUCCCCCCCUAA